UUUAUUUUCAUUUUCUUAUCCAUCUAUGUCAUAAUUCCUUUUUGUUUUGUGUUGUUGUUGUUGUCGUCGAUGUCGUACACUGAACUCUUCGAUUUACCUUAAACCCUCCAACUGAGCACCACCUUGUUCCUCUCCUUUUGUUGUCAGAUGUUGGGUUAUGCUUCUUCUAUCCAUCCUAAUACACUUGCUUGCAGACUGGAAUUGACUUCAAUCUUCAGCGGCAGCACCUCCUUCCUCUCCUCUGUCAAGGAGACUAUAGCUGGUGGCUUUUGCAUAUUUCUGUUUCUCAAGAUUUUUCAUUUAAUUUUCUGUUGUUACUAUAGCUGGUCAUGCUCUGUUGUUUCAUUCCUGAGGCUGUUUUAAUUUGCAUUCCUUGGUGGUCCAUGGUAUUGAUGUACUCAUUAUGUUGAGUUUUCCAAUUCAGUUUCACAAGCCUGUUACUUGUUUUCCCAACUUUACUUAUUGCUCCUUUCUUAAUGCCCCAAAUCAUACAAAUGCUGAUAUAAGCACAUCUAAUGAUUACCUUCGCAUUGUUGUCGUUUCACGACCAAAACAAUGUGUGCCCUCAAUUGGGUCAGUAGGGUAUCAUGAGUCAACACCAAUGUCUAAGGACAUAGUUCCUAGUGUUGACUUUGGUCUCCGUGAACAAGAAGAAGAAGAAGAAGAAGGGGAAGAAAAUGAUGAUGAUGUUGUUGGUGAAGGAAGAGAAACAGUUGAUGCAUCUUCUUUGUACAAGAAGGAAUUGUCUCCUUGGGGAGAAGUGGAAGAUUUGGAUGGUGGUGAUGAUGGUGAUGAUGUUGAAGGAAGAGAAGAAUUUGAUACAUCUUUUGUGUCCAAUAAGGAAUUGCCUCCCUGGGGAGAAGUGGAAGAAGAAGAUCAUGAUGAUGUUGAAGGAAGAGAAGAAGUUGAUGCUUCUUUUAUGGCCAGGAAGGAAUUGCCUCCUUGGGGAGAAAUGGUAGAUGAUGGACACCGGGAUUCAAGAUCUGUUGAUGCUACUUUGUCAGCUUCAAAAGAGAUGGGACUUAUGAAUGAGCAUGGAGCACUUUUUCUGGAAGAAAUGGAUGAGAAUGUGCUAUCUAACAGGAUUUUGGUGCUUAGCAGAACUAACAAGAUUAGAAGUGCGAUGGAAUAUUUUAGGUCUAUGCAAUUAUCAGGUCUUUGUCCAAAUAUCCAUGCAUGUAAUUCUCUUAUGUCUAGCCUUGUAAGAAAUGGGUGGUUUGAUGAUUGCUUCAAAGUAUUCAAUUUUACAAGAACAAGAAGGAUAACCACAGGGCAUACUUAUAGCUUGAUUCUUAUGGCACAUGCAAAAUCUCAGGGUUGUUGUUCCGCCCUCAAUUUCUUCAGAGAACUAGAAAAUGAAUGUGAUGUGGGGAAGGAUUUUGAUGCAAUUGUUUACAACACCAUGAUAUCUGUUUGCAGGAAGGUUGACAAUUGGAGUGAAAUAGAGAGGUUAUGGAGGAGUAUGAAGGCAAAUGGGUGUGCUGGAACGCAUGUUACAUAUCGUCUAUUAAUAAACAGUUUUGUACAUUGUGACCAGAGUGACCUUGCUCUUUGUGCUUACCAUGAGAUGGUUCAAAAUGGAUUUGAACCGGACAGCAAUGCAUUGAAUGCUGUGAUUAGUGGAUGUGCUAAGGAGGGAAAAUGGGAUUCUGCAUUAAGUGUCUUUCGAAAAAUGUUGGCAAGUGAACUUAAACCAAGCUUAGUUGCGUGCAAUGCAUUAAUUAACUCACUUGGAAGAGCAAGGGAACUCAAACAAGCAUUUCAGGUCUUUGAUACUAUGAAAUCAUUGGGCCAUAAACCAGAUGCAUAUACAUUCAAUGCUCUACUAAGUGCUCUUAACAAGGCCAAUAUGUAUCGCGAAGCUCUUUGGCUUUUUGACAAGAUUGAAAGAAACCAAACGUCCCUAUUCAAUAUACAUGUAUACAAUACUGUUUUAAUGUCUUGCUCAAAGCUUGGGUUGUGGGAUAGAGCUAUUGAGAUUUUGUGGCAGAUGGAAGCUUCUGGACUGUCUGAUUUGACAAUAUCAUAUAAUCUUGUUAUUAGGGCAUGUGAGAUUGCAAGGAAGCCAACAACUGCAUUGCAGGUGUAUGAGCAUAUGGUUCACCAAAAGUGCAGUCCAAACAUAUUUACUUAUCUAUCCAUAAUAAGAUGCUAUGUUUGCAGAGAUCUCUGGGAAGAAUUAGAAGAAAUCCUAAAUCAGACCAUGCCAAAUGCUGCUCUCUAUAAUGCUGCUGUUCAAGAAAUGUGCUUGCGCGACAAGGUUAAGUUUGCAAAUAAGGUCUAUACAAAAAUGCUAGAGACUGGUCUUCAACCUGAUGUCAAAACACGAGUACUAAUGCAUGGUAUGAUAAGGAAGUAGCUUGUAUUCUAUCAGUUGCUAUAACUAACAUAAGAGUUUUGAAACGAUGACCUGGAGAAUAUCAUAGUCAGCUGAAUCAUGACCCAUCAAAUAAUAAAUAACUCUUUUUGGUUCUUGGGAAAGAGAAUGGCAGACUUAAAUGUUAAAGCCUCUAACAACUGUAUAAUUAUCAUCUGCACUAUUCUCUCCCUGGUGCUGAGACAUGUAAAGAAGCUUCUUGUUUAAUAUGUAUGCAAAUGAUGUAAAUACCCAAGUC